AUCAGCAUGCAGCACUGAUAGCUGUUGCCAGGCAGAAUAUGGUAAUGAGGUCCGGGCGGCGUCCCCCCCUCCUCCUCUGCAGCUACCAUUGUGAGCCAUGUUACAGAAGAUCACCUUGUCUUGUGUGAGUAGAGACAUAGCGAACAGAUGAAUCUAUUCAGCCAAGCACUGCGUCAGUAAUUAGCUAUCACCAUGGAGCACCACAGCAGGGACGAGAUGGAUUCGAAAGAGGAAAGUCCACAGGUGUGGUCUGAAUCUGCUGAGCAGGAACAGAAUACUGCUCAGAUGCACUUUGUCCCUGAAGGUGGAACAGUGGCACAAAUUGUGUACAGUGAUGAUCAGGACCGUCCCCCGCAGCAGGUGGUCUACAUGGCAGAUGGCACCUCUUACACCUCAGUGGACACCUCGGAGCACGCAUUGGUUUACAUCCAUCCUGUGGAGGCUACGCAGACUCUAUUUACAGACCCGUCCCAAGUGGCUUAUGUCCAGCAGGAUGCCACAACACAGCAGGUAACUGUGCUCUUGCCUGCUGCUGCUCAGAGCAUGAAUUCCACCAACCUCUCCGUGCUCGGCAACAUUACCGAAUCCCCACAGCAAAUGACUCUGGAGCAGGGUCCACAAGCAGACAGAGCAUCAUUACCAGUGCAUAACCAGAUAUUACCUCCUAUGGAGGCAGUAGAUGGUUCUGAUCCUUUAGCACCUCUGCAGAACCCAAUGGGGAGGAUGGAAACAAAAGAGGAAGAUGAUGACGAUGAGGAGGAUGAUGAAGAUGAAGAUGAAGACGGGGAAGACACUGACUUGGAUGAAUGGGACCCAGAUCCACCUCGACCCUUUGACCCCCAUGAUCUGUGGUGUGAAGAGUGUAAUAACGCACAUCCCUCAGUGUGUCCGAAACAUGGACCCUUGCAUCCAAUCCCAAACCGGCCAGUGCUGACCAGAGCAAGAGCCAGCCUCCCCCUGGUGCUCUAUAUAGACAGGUUCCUGGGGGGAGUGUUCUCCAAAAGACGCAUUCCCAAACGCACACAGUUUGGCCCUGUGGAGGGACCGCUGGUCAGACAAACUGAACUGAAAGACUGCUACAUUCAUUUAAAGGUGUCUCUUGAGAAGGGUGACAGAAAAGACAGGGAUUUACAAGAAGAUCUGUGGUUUGAGCUGUCCAGUGAGGCGCUUUGUAACUGGAUGAUGUUUGUGCGUCCAGCCCAGAAUCACCUGGAGCAGAACCUGGUGGCAUACCAGUAUGGCCACCAUAUUUAUUAUACAACAAUUAAGAAUGUGGAGCCCAAACAGGAACUGAAGGUGUGGUAUGCAGCCUCCUAUGCAGAGUUUGUGAACCAGAAGAUCCAUGACAUAUCCGAGGAGGAAAGGAAAGUUCUCCGAGACCAAGAGAAGAACUGGCCAUGUUAUGAAUGUAAUCGUCGCUUCAUGAGCUCAGAACAGCUCCAACAACACCUCAACUUCCAUGAUGAGAAGCUGGACUUCUUUAGCAGAGCAAGAGGCAGAGGUCGCGGGCGAGGAAAGAGGAGGUUUGGGCCAGGCAGACGGCCAGGGCGCCCCCCGAAAUUCAUGCGCUUGGAAGUAACCAGUGAAAAUGGGGAAGAAUGUGAAGAAGGAAUUCAGGACUUGCUGAAUUUUUCCAGCAAGGGGCUGUUUGAUGAGGCUGGAGAAGCCACACUGAAUGGGCUGGAACAGCAGGAGCAGACCCCAGUGCCAUCAGAGACACAGUUGGCACUGGAUCAACAACCAGAAGGCCAUCCAAUGCAACUCCAGCAGCAGCAAUAUGAUGAGAGCCCGGUGCCUAUGCAGAGCACCAUGACAGCAGAUGACAUGCGGCGAGCAAAGCGCAUUCGGAAUGCUGCUCUUCAGCAUCUGUUCAUCCGAAAGUCCUUCCGUCCAUUCAAAUGCCUGCAAUGUGGGAAGGCGUUCCGGGAGAAGGACAAGCUGGAUCAGCACCUGCGAUUCCACGGGCGGGAGGGGAACUGCCCUCUGACCUGUGACAUCUGCAAUAAGGGUUUUAUCAACAGCGGCGCCCUGGAGAGUCACAUGAAGUUCCACUUGGACCAGAAAACAUAUUCCUGUAUUUUCUGUCCUGAGUCUUUUGACCGCUUGGACCUGCUCAAAGAUCACGUGGCAGUCCACGUCAAUGAUGGCUAUUUCACCUGCCCUACCUGUAAAAAGCGCUUUCCUGAUUUUAUCCAGGUGAAGAAGCAUGUGCGCAGCUUCCAUUCGGAAAAGAUUUACCAGUGUACGGAAUGCGAGAAGGCUUUCUGCCGUCCCGACAAGCUGCGGCUCCACAUGCUGCGACACUCGGACCGCAAGGACUUCCUGUGCUCCACCUGUGGCAAGCAGUUCAAGAGGAAAGACAAGCUCCGGGAGCACAUGCAAAGGAUGCAUAAUCCAGAAAGAGAAGCUAAGCAAGCUGAUCGAAUCAGUCGCUCCAAAACCUUCAAGCCUCGGAUAGCUUCCACCGACUACGAAAGCUUCAUGUUCAAAUGCCGACUGUGCAUGAUGGGCUUCCGGAGGAGAGGCAUGUUGGUGAAUCAUUUAUCAAAGCGACAUCCAGACAUGAAAAUAGAGGAGGUGCCAGAGCUAACAUUGCCCAUCAUCAAACCCAACAGAGAUUACUUCUGUCAGUACUGUGAUAAGGUGUACAAGAGUGCCAGCAAACGCAAAGCUCAUAUUCUGAAGAACCAUCCCGGUGCUGAGCUACCUCCGAGUAUCCGGAAACUGCGCCCAGCGGGACCGGGAGAGCCAGACCCCAUGCUGAGUACUCACACCCAGCUCACGGGCACAAUAGCCACUCCACCAGUCUGUUGUCUUCACUGUUCCAAACAGUACAGCAGUAAGACCAAGAUGGUACAACACAUUCGCAAGAAGCACCCUGAGUUUGCUCAGCUCCCUAACACGAUACACACGCCUUUGGCAGCAGCCGUCAUCAGUUCCACCCCUGCAGUUUUAACCACUGACAGCACCACCGGAGAGACCGUUGUGACAACAGAUCUGCUGACGCAAGCAAUGACAGAACUGUCCCAGACCCUGACGACGGACUAUCGAACCCCACAGGGAGAUUAUCAGCGAAUCCAGUACAUCCCUGUGUCACAAUCCACAGCUGGCCUGCAGCAGCCCCAGCACAUACAGCUGCAGGUUGUGCAAGUGGCCCAGGCUACCUCACCUCACCAGUCCCAGCAUUCCACGGUGGACGUUGGACAGCUGCAUGACCCCCAGACGUACACCCAGCAUGCCAUCCAGGUGCAGCAUAUCCAGGUCACAGAGCCAGCCCCAACAACUCAAUCAUCAUCACAGGUGGGAGCUCAGCCAUUGAGUUCCUCAUCACAACAGUCUCAGCAGGAACUCAGCCCCUCCCAAAUGCAAACGACAACAUCAGCACCAAGCCAAACUCUCCAGCAACAGCAAGGAUCCUCAGUCCAGCACAUGUAUCUACCCAGCACAUGGAACUCAUUUCGUAGCUACCCAUCAGAAAUUCAGAUGAUGGCCAUCCCACAGGGUCAGUAUGUGAUCGCAGAGACAGCGGUAGGCACUCCUGUCACCACAGUGAACACAGGGCAAGUGAAGGCAGUCACCCAGACCCAUUAUGUGAUAUCUGAAGGUCAACCCGAUCUGGAUGUAAAACAGAACUCUUCACUCUCCAGUGGGGUGCAAGUGGGUGUGUCUCAGCCAUCAGCACACUGUGACCUCUUGGAAUCACAAACAACCAAUCAACAGCAAACCACACAGUACAUCAUCACUACAACCACCAAUGGGAAUGGGGGCAGUGAAGUGCACAUCACUAAACCAAGAACUUUUUCCACAGAGCACGAAUGAAGAAAUCCCAUUGUGUCACCUGACUUUAAGAACAACCUAUCCCCCAAAACAUCUGGGUGUCCUGGAGCUCAUUAUGUUUUAAAGUAUUCAUGCACAUAACUUCAGCUAGAAUCUUGGCCCUCUUGCUGAUGCUUUAUAAGGGGGUAUAGGUCGCAGCAACAACUAAAAAAUACCCUCAAAACCCUUUGGGAAUGGUGCCAUCUUAUGCAAAUCUUCAAGAAAAAGGAAAAAAUGAGAAGUGGAAACUGUGCUUGCCCAGAACUUUACUUUUUGGCAUGUCUGAUGACCCUUAUUUUUCCUUUGAGAAAGUAUCACAGUAGACAACAUUUAUUAUAAAGGUAGGGGAAAAUACUUGCCAAACAAAUAGCUAAUGGCAGAUUAUGCCCCAUGUACAUUUCUACUAUCUGCAGUUAAACAAAAAGACAUCAUGUAAACUGCCUAUGGUAUUCGCUUUAUGUCCGAACUGCUCCCUGUGUCUUUAUUUUUAAAUGACCAAGGAAGAAGGGAAUAUACCAGCUAGAUAAAGAGCAGACCACCCGGAAAGAAAGAGCAGCAGCAAAUCGGUGACUCCUUGUGUGCACGUGAGUGUGAGAGGGACAGAUGUAACAAUGAAGCUGUGAAACUGUGUAGAAGCAGUCAAUUAAAUUAUUAUUUAGCAACCUUUUAGAACUGUUUACAUGCUGUCUGUGCUGCCCUGCCAAGAUGUUCUGGGGAGAAGGAAAGAUGCAGUCUUGAGACCUCAAUGUUUGGAAUUGAAAUCCUAAUAGCACAUGACGGUAACACUGAGCCUAUACUGUGUUUUUCCCUACACUCACAGGGAACUCUUCUUUUCUCUUGUAAACCAAUAAAAGGCUCGGUAAUGUUUAAAGCUCUAUAGUAGCUUUGUGCUGUGACCCCUAAUGAUAGUUGUAAGAAGAGAGAAUUGGGGGAGGGAGUUUAAAGAAAUAGAUUUUUUUUUUAAACUUUUCUUUGGUAGUUUUAAAGUAAAAAGGCACUCUGAACUCUGUGCCUUACAGUUGCCGUUUGAAACUCACUUUAACCUGCAAUGUCAGAAGAGAACCUUUGUAACCUGCUCCCUGUGUACACACUUUUUGCAGACGUGGUACACUUAUCUCUAAGGCUGCCUCAAAAUUUAAUGUCUUUUCCCUGUGAAGGUUGAAUGGAAAGUUGGUUGCUCUGAUAAAGUUGGUUGCUCUGAUUUUCCAUGUACCUUGUGCUGCAAUUCCUGUGGACUGUUUUCAUAAAAUCACCAGCUUUGGACUCAGGAAACACAAAAAAAGAAUGCUAGAGGACCACUAUUAUAGGAUAAUGAAAGCCAUCUCAAAGGAUUGCUUGAUCUGGCAGACCUGGUAUUUUACAGAGCUUGUGUUAUGGUUUGGGACCAGGAGACAGGGAAGCUGUGUCUUUAAAGCAGUUUAUUUGUUCUUACAUUGCUCCCCUUUAAGGAUCUGUUUGUUUGUUUUAAACCAAGGGGAAGGAGGUAAUUUUUAUUCUGGUGCUUAGGAGGAUAUCACCCAGCUCCACUGACUCCAUAUGCCUAAAUCUUUACUGACUCUGCUUGAAGAGCUACCCCAGCGUGUCAGUGUCUAAUAGGAUACAUUGUAAACUUUGGUCUUAAUGGCCUUUUGUGACAUCAUAAUUAACAGAUGAAAUCUCUAUUUUGAACAACUUUUCUUUGGUGCUACACUGAAGAUCCCUUGCUUACACAAGUGUGCCUGUUGGUUCUGGUGGGGCUACUUGUGAGUGUGUGUAGGAGUUGCAGUAGCAGGCCCGAUGAUGCCAAGCCUUAAACUGAAGUCCCAGUCUAAAACCGUAACUGGACAACUACUUGAUGGCAAAGUCUGGUGACACAUAAUGCUGUGGUAAAUAACAUAUCUGUUCAUAUGGAGUGGAAACAAUGACUGCAUGAUGAGAUAAACCCUGUUUAAAUAUUGGCUGGCUCAGCACUGCUUUAGGGUAGUCUUGAAGUGAUUGGCCAAAAUGUAGACUAAAUUGGUACCUGGGAUCUUCCUGCUUUGACUGUCCCGAAAUGAUGGAGCAUUAACAAGUUAGGAGCUUGGGUUCUGCUCCAAAGCCCACUGAAGUGAAUGAGCAUCUUUCCAUUGACUUCAUUGGGGCUUUGGAUCAGGUCCUUUCUUUGCGGCGGUGCUGAGCAAUGGUCAUUCCUAUUGAUUCCAACUGGAGCUGUACAUGCUGAACACUUCUGGAAAUCAGGCCCUUGGUAUGUUGUUUGUGUAGGAUAAAAGAAGGAAGCUCACUGGCCUGACUUUGCCUCACAGCUUCUUAUUAAAAAAAGGAGGCUUUUCUCAGAUUGCCAGAUGAUCUACUGACUAAAAAUGAAGGUAUACACAUUCCUCUACACACUCCUACAAAUUUAAAGUCAAAUAUGUGGUACUACAGAUAAUGAGAAGUAGGUGAUUUGAAAAUGUCACAUGGUAAAUAGUUACUGUUUUACAGGAGUCUUUUAAAGUCUUUAAAGGUCCAGUUACCAGAUAUGAAGAAUAAGCCUUUAAAGCAUUGCAAAUGUAGGCUUUAAAAAACAAAGUUUUCUUCAACUUUGUUUAGAAACCAUCACUUAAUGGGGUCGCUUGUUCUUGUACCAGUUACUUCAAGUUAAAAACUAGCCUGUUGUUAUGGAAUGCAGUUUGAAAAUGGCCUUUUUGAGCUUAUAUCUUGUUUAUCGAGAUUUUUGUUCUGUGUCUCACAGCGGCACAACAUACAAAACCACCAGCCAGAAACCAAAGAAAGCGAUGGUUCACUUUGUGUCUCAAAUUAAUGGAUGGAUGAGAAUACAAUAUAUACAAAGAGAGACAUAAUCUUCCCUGGGAGUUAAGCAUCAUUUUCAUUCCAAAGUAACGAAUUAUAAUGAUUACACAGAUCUGGGGAGAGAACAGAAAUUUGGUAGUGAAAACCAGUCCUACAGUUGUGUCUGUAGUGCAGGGCUUCUCUUAAAAAUGAAAAUCUGUUUCUAUGGCUGUGUGCAGACCUGCGGUGCAGAAAACAUAUAAAUUUCUUUUCUUUUGCUGGAGCCAGCCCAAAGAUCUGUGUCUCCUAAAUAAUGUCCCAUCAGAGCUUAAUUGUGGAGUACCCUUCAUUGUCACUGAGAGCUAAAGGCUGCCCUAAGAAUUACAUGCUGGGUGCUCCGUUUGGCUUCCAUUGGGUACCCCUGCUCCUGCAUCUGAGCGCAGAAGUUGGCCCUGAUUCUCUGCUCUCCAAAAGAAUCUUACUUGCUUCUUUCCAAGAACUGUUAAAACACCUGGGACUAAAUCUGGAUCUUUUGUGAGACACUGAAGCUGACUGACUAGUUGCAUCAUUCUGACCCUGUUCUGUUAUUUAAAUAUGUAUGUUUGUUGUACAUUCAGUGACUGUUAUAGUGUUAAUAGUAUCGUGCUACCUGGCAGUUGUAAAAACAAAAUUAAUAAAAGUUUUCUUCUUUUUUAAAUACUG